UGCAGCCCGGUAGGGUGGAACUGAGACAACUGUCCGGCUCUCCCCUGAGAAUGAUACAAAGUAAAUAUAGGAGUUCCUGAGAAAUAACAGUGUGAAUGAGAGAGUCUCUCUGCAGUAUUUAGUGUCCAGUUGUGCUGGCUCCGAAGAACAGCAGCAUCGCAAUGCCCCCUCCUGCUGAUAUAGUGAAGGUGGCAAUCGAAUGGCCGGGUGCCUUCCCCAAGUUGAUGGAAAUCGAUCAAAAAAAGCCACUGUCCUCUAUAAUAAAAGAAGUCUGUGAUGGGUGGUCUCUUGCAAAUCACGAUCAGUUUGCACUGCAGCAUGCUGAUAGUUCUAACUUCUACAUCACAGAAAAGAAUCGCAAUGAGAUAAAAAACGGAGCAAUCCUUCGAUUAACAACAUCUCCAGCUCAAAAUGCACAGCAGCUCCAUGAGAGGAUCCAGUCUUCUAGUAUGGAUGCGAAGUUAGAAGCUCUGAAAGACUUAGCCAACUACUCACGGGAUGUUACAUUUGCCCAAGAAUUUAUAAACCUAGAUGGCAUUUCUCUCCUAACACAAAUGGUUGAAAGUGGCACAGAACGAUAUCAGAAAUUGCAGAAGAUAAUGAAGCCCUGCUUUGGAGAUAUGUUGUCCUUUACACUGACUGCAUUUGUUGAGCUGAUGGAUCAUGGGAUUGUAUCGUGGGAUACAUUCUCUGUGGCAUUCAUUAAAAAGAUAGCAAGCUAUGUGAACAAAUUUGCCUCAGACAUCUCUAUCUUACAACGGUCACUAGCAAUCCUGGAAUCGAUGGUGCUCAAUAGCCAUGACCUGUACCAGAAGGUGGCACAGGAGAUCACAAUUGGGCAGCUAAUCCCUCAUCUCCAGGGGACAGACCAAGAAAUCCAGACGUAUACCAUUGCAGUAAUAAAUGCACUUUUCCUUAAAGCCCCGGAUGACAAGAGGCAGGAAAUGGCAAACAUUUUGGCACAAAAGCAGCUCCGCUCCAUUAUCCUAACUCAUGUUAUCAGGGCACAGAGGGCCAUCAAUAAUGAAAUGGCACAUCAACUUUAUGUUCUCCAAGUACUUACAUUUAACCUUCUGGAAGACAGAAUGAUGACAAAAAUGGAUCCACAGGAUCAGGCUCAACGGGAUAUCAUAUUUGAACUACGAAGAAUUGCGUUUGAUGCAGAAUUGGAACCUAACAACAGUAGUGGCAGUAUUGAGAAACGCAAAUCUAUGUAUACUCGAGACUAUAAAAAACUUGGAUUUAUUAAUCAUGUAAACCCAGCCAUGGACUUUACACAGACUCCUCCAGGAAUGCUAGCCCUUGACAAUAUGCUGUACUUUGCUAAACAUCACCAGGAUGCUUAUAUACGGAUUGUCCUGGAGAACAGUAGUCGAGAAGACAAGCAUGAGUGCCCGUUUGGCCGAAGUAGCAUUGAGCUCACAAAGAUGCUGUGUGAAAUACUGAAAGUAGGAGAGCUACCCAGUGAGACAUGCAACGAUUUCCAUCCCAUGUUCUUCACACAUGACAGAUCGUUUGAGGAGUUCUUCUGUAUCUGCAUUCAGCUCUUGAACAAGACAUGGAAGGAGAUGAGGGCAACUUCGGAGGACUUCAAUAAGGUAAUGCAGGUAGUGAAAGAACAGAUAAUGAGAGCACUCACUACCAAGCCUAGCUCACUGGAUCAGUUCAAGAGUAAGCUUCAGAAUCUCAGUUACACAGAAAUACUGAAAAUACGCCAGUCUGAAAGAAUGAACCAGGAAGAUUUCCAGUCUCGUCCAAUUCUGGAACUGAAAGAGAAGAUUCAGCCUGAGAUCUUAGAACUGAUCAAGCAGCAACGUCUUAAUCGACUUGUGGAGGGCACCUGCUUUAGGAAACUGAACAGCCGACGUCGGCAAGACAAAUUUUGGUAUUGUCGACUUUCACCUAAUCACAAGGUCUUGCACUAUGGAGACUUGGAAGAAAGUCCCCAGGGAGAAGUACCCCAUGAUUCCUUGCAAGAUAAACUGCCAGUGGCAGAUAUAAAAGCUGUUGUGACUGGGAAAGACUGCCCUCACAUGAAGGAGAAAGGAGCUCUUAAACAAAACAAGGAAGUCCUAGAGCUUGCGUUCUCUAUAUUGUAUGACUCAAGUGGCCAGCUGAAUUUCAUUGCUCCAGACAAGCACGAGUACUGUGUAUGGACCGAUGGGCUGAAUGCCCUCCUUGGGAAAGAUAUGUUGAGUGAUUUGACACGAAACGACUUAGAUACGCUGCUCAGCAUGGAGAUAAAACUACGCCUCCUUGACUUGGAAAAUAUACAGAUCCCAGAUGCUCCUCCACCUAUCCCAAAGGAGCCCAGCAACUAUGACUUUGUUUAUGACUGUAACUGAGGCUGCCACUGAAACUUGCUUCAAAACUGGAAAUAUUAUAACUGGAGAGAUAUUAAAAAAAAGAAGAGUGUGUGAGAAAAACAGAAACCCACUUGUGCACCUUGGAUUUUGGCUUUGGGGAGGGAUGUAGAAACAUUUGCAUUCUUCCCCACUCCCUGCAUCCUUUCCUUCCCCAUUCUCAUCUUCCCCAUUGCUCAUCCAAAUCCACAUUGCUUUAAUUAACUUUUAAUUGCAGGCCAUUGGCCUUGCUUAAGGCAAAGACUGCCACUAAGAAGCACCCUCUCAAGGACUUUUUUUACAUUUUUAAUACUGGAAUAGACAUUCUUAACUGAAGGACAACGCUACCAAACCACAUGCCUCUGGCAGCCACUUGUCAGAGCGGAGGCUCUAACUGGAAGGAGGAGGGAGGUAGGGAGAAGAAGCAGCUACUGUAAGCAGAAGAUUUCCCCAGAUACUCCCAAGAGUUUGUUCACAACUGAAUUCAAUGCAAUGACAAAAACAAAAACAAACAAACAAAAAAAAAGUUAACUGCUUCCCAGUACUCGCACCGUUCAUCGCUGUCAUUCUCUCCACUGUCAUCUCAGCUCUUGUCACUGGCCUUCACCCAACCGAUCAGCUCUCAGAAAGGAAAGUCUGCAGGUUUUUGCUGUACCAUAUGCUGUGAUGCCGCAACAGCUUUUAACUUCUUUUCCUCCCAGCUCUCAAAUAGCCCUACACUAGCAGUCCACUAGCACAAACUGUUUAUGAAGCCACUAGUGUGCCCUGUCCCUGUAGCAUUCCCUAAGCCUCAACUGCCUCUAAAAUUGGCUUGUUGCUACUCAGAGUUACUUUUAUUUUCUUGGUCCAAAGUUCAACAGUAAUUUCCACAAGUUAAUUACAACUACCAGACAUUUCGGUUUACAUUGUUGUCAUUGCUACAGUGUUAAAAUUUGCAAGGAUUUUCUUUUGUACGGGUUCUAAUUUUAUUUUAUUUUUUAUUUUGCCAGACAAAUAUAUUUAAUGAAAACUAAUUUCAUUGUGAGUACUUUUGGGAAACAAUAUUUUUACUUAAUUUCCAUUUGGAACACUUGCCCUGAGGGGAAACACCAAUAUUCCCUUCAACUUUGCUGUUGAAUAAAGAUCUGAGUUGUGAUGAUUCUUGGAA